UCUUACCACUCUGUACCGCGCCACGAUAAAUUAAAUUAUUAAAAAUUAAUUGCUUUACAAGCUGUUUCACGAUCCAAAAAAUUUACUGUAUUUUUAGUUUUUGAGCGAUUUGGCUGAUCGCCGUAACUGGGGUUUCUCGGUGCUGUUCGUAGAUACAGAUGAUGUCGCGCCAAGAAACCUGGCUUAUGCAGUGUCUGAACUGCCCAGUUUUAAUAUCAUGCCGUUGUACGGCCUCAAUUGUUACAGUAUUUUAAAGCACGAAACUUUGGUCUUUUCCUUAAGGGCUGUGAAGCAAGUGCAAGAACGUUUAUUGUUUCACUUGAACCGUGCUGCUCCGCUACACCAAAAAUUUAAGUACAUGGAUUAUAAAAAGACUUUACUCUGUGAAGGCGAAGAUGAAAACCGUUGUUUGACUGACGACGCGUUUAUUGGCAGUCACAACGAAUUUAACUGCCAGAAGAUCGAUUGA